AUGGCGGGUGCGGAUCGACGUGGUAUGACGGCGUUCGAUAUGGAGGAGGAGAAGGACGAGGGUCACUUUGAUGCCGACGGAAAUUUCGUAUGGGAUGACGAGGCCAAGAAGGUGCAGGAGGAGGCUUGGCUGGACGACAUUUCGGAGCAGCAAAUGGGUGCGGCCAGGAGCGCUAAGAGCCGUCGUGAGUUCCGCGAUGAGCAGGCAGAGGAGACGAUGACGAAGGAGGUGGCCAAUAGAACGCUGGCCACACUGCUCAAGCCUCGCGAGACGGUACUUCAGGCGCUCAAGCGACUUGGUUCAAAGAAAUCUGCGCGAGUCCGACCCGGCUACAAGCGCAAGCAGGCGCAAAAGAACGAGACGGAGCCCGAGCAGACAGCGGAGGAGAAGAAACAGUUUGAACAAAUCACAGAGGCUGCAGACUUUUUGAUGAGAUCAGGAGAAGUGGAAGUUUACAGCCAGAUUAAGGAGGAAUUUAUCCCUGAGGAGGAGCUGUUGGCGCAGCGGCGACGUGUGCAGUUCGCUGAAGAGAAAGAUAGUAAGAGCGAGGAGAACCCGCCCAAACAGGAAGUCAUGUGGGAGUAUAAGGCCACAGAUGGACAGAUCCAUGGACCAUUUCCAACGUCGAGCUUUGUGGCUUGGCAGCAGCAGGGCUAUUUCAAAGGAGAAACUGCGGUCGACAUGCGGCAAGCACAGAGUAAUGAUGAGGCUGCUGCAGAGUCGAAUAAUGAGUCAAACAAGAAGCAGAAGCUGGAGUGUGAGAAAGUCUCCGCCGAGCAAGAGAUGUUAAACGAUUUCGAAGAUAGUGACGGUGAAGACGACAGUCCGGCCGCCGAUGAUAAAGAGAAGACAAACGAGAACCCAUGGAAACGAUCCGACACGAUCGAUUUUUCCUCAUAUUAA